UUUGCUUUAACAGACCAUAAAGACAAACGUGAUUGGCACCCUGAACAUGCUAGGACUUGCCAAGCGAGUUGGUGCCAGGAUUUUACUUACAUCAACCUCAGAGGUAUAUGGAGAUCCUCUUGUGCAUCCCCAGCCAGAAAGCUACUGGGGAAAUGUUAACCCAAUUGGAGUUCGGAGCUGCUAUGAUGAGGGGAAGCGUGUAGCUGAGACCUUGAUGUUUGAUUAUCACAGGCAGCAUGGGAUAGAAAUUCGCAUUGCUAGAAUCUUCAACACAUACGGGCCACGCAUGAAUAUUGAUGAUGGGCGGGUGGUCAGCAAUUUCAUAGCCCAAGCAAUUCGUGAUGAACCAUUGACGGUCCAACAUCCCGGAACCCAAACUCGCAGUUUCUGUUAUGUUUCUGACAUGGUUGAUGGCCUUAUUCGUCUAAUGGAAGGAGAGAACACCGGGCCAAUCAACAUUGGAAAUCCAGGUGAAUUUACCAUGCUUGAACUUGCCGAGACAGUAAAGGAGGUGCUUCGGGCAAUCAUGUUAGACGAGAAUAAAUUACAGGAAGUCAUGCUAGGACUAGCAGCACAUGCUUUUGAAUUCAUGACUUCUCAAGAGUCGAGCAUCAUGUUUGAGAGAGAAGGAACUGAGGCUGAAUUGGGUGAUAAAUUAGUCCACAUUCUGAAGUAGCACCACUAUCCACCAAUUAAAAUUUCAAGAAUAAGGAGGUUUACCAUAGAGUUGGUGAUAUGGAUGAUGAGAGAUAAUGUAACAAAUGUUCGUAUUUUCAAGAAUUUGGGGAUGGAGAAGGUGUUGGAGGCUCUCUUGCAGACCAAAGCAGAGCUUGAAAGCUUUAAUAUUUUCUCCGAUACUAUUGGAAUUAAUCGGCACAGCACAACAAUUCACUCACUCGUUGAAACUGCUUUGAAGUUGUUGGAGGGGUAAAAAUUCUUUGUAGUGGACAUGGAUACUCAAAUUCGCAGAUUAAUUUAUUUUGUAGACAUGCAUACAUGAAAGUUGCAGAAGGUUCUUUUUAUCUAUGUAAGGAGGGUGCGAUGUAAUUAUCUUAAAGUUAUGCCAAUUAACACAAUUCAUAAGUCUUUUACCAGCUGAAA